UUUUAAAUAAAUACAGCAGAAACCUUAGAGUCAUGUUAAUUUUGCGUCGAUUGGCGCCAUUUUCACAACGUCUUCAAUUAUACCAGCGUUUUUAUGCACGCAAAGUCGUCGCCACCACAGAUGCCAAUAUGAAUCAAGUCCAUCAGGAAACAUUACGUUACAUUAAUCCGCACGCCUGCAUCAAAAUAAACUCCGAUAUUUUCGUAAAAGUAUACUCUGCUGAUCCGCACAAAUAUCCCAAUGGUGAUGCUCUAAUUGCAGAACUACGAGGAGGCCCGGUAAAAAAUUGUACUGCUUCUAUGCAGGUGAAAGUUAGCGAUGAUGAGCAUAAUGUGGAAAUUGUUUUGAAAAAAUUAACUGAAGAUACGGAUUUUCUUUGUGAAUUAGCGGUGCCCAUAAAGGCGGCUCUUAAUAUCAAUUCUCAGCACGACGUCAUUGUUAUGAAUACUUUUGGCGAUGAAUUGAAAGUGAAGGCGGCGAAAUUUAUCAAGACGAAAAACGUUCGGGCAGAAACUAUAGAGUUGUUAAGCUCGGAAGGCGACAUCAAGUGUGAGGGAAUAUUAUUGGGAAAAGAGACUACGGUAGAGGCACAAAAUAAAGGAAAUAUAAUAUUGGACAAACUGCAAGGUGAUAGAAUAACAUGUAAAACUAAUCAGGGAAACAUAUCUACCAACUGUAGUUAUGUGGAAUCAUCCAAAUUUGAAACAGACACAGGUUGUUUGGAUUUAAAAAAUGUACACAAAAAAUCGGCUGUUUUUGUACAUAAGAAGGGAGAUCUCAAAAUGACUGGCAUUCACGGUAAUCUAAGUGUUGUUGCCAAUGAAGGAACCAUGUACUUGCAAAUAUCCGAAUUACAAGGUGAAAAUACUAUUGAGGUUAACAAUCUAACAUCGUCUAUAAUUAAUAUAUCUGAUGAUGUAGAGAAAAAUACAUUAGUAGAUGUGAAUUUGACUGCGGAUACUGACACAUCCAUCAUUACAUUGGACAGCACAUUGAAGCAUUUAUCAUUAGGUUUAGCUGAAAAUAAGCAACAAUUUAAGUGGCCUUUAAAUAAGCAACAGCCGAAUCAAUUAAAGGUUGUUAGUAAGAGUUCAACGACUUUAGGGAAAUCAUCAUGGAUGGAUAUGAUGCGUUUACAAAUGGCCGAAAAGCAAAAUCUUAAAACGUGAAUUCUUAAACUAGUUAAUAUGUUAAAUACAUAUGUGUAUAUUUAAAUGCAAUAUAUAAUUAAAAUAAAAUGUUUUUAGCCAGAUGACUCUAAAGUUCAAAAAUAUA